UAUCGAUAGUAAUUCGAUAAUAACAUACAUAACAAAUGAAUUGCGAGGCAUUGGAUUUAAAUAAUAAUGCAAAAUGUUGAACGUAAGCUGUUUUUAUAGACUGAGUAACUCGCUUAGGAGACAACUGCACGUCGGUUCCACACAUCUGAAGCGUAGGAAGACAGCAGAAGAGAAGAAAUCCCCCAGAAUUAUAGAGUACUCCCCCAAGAAGACACAAACGAGCAAUGGGGAAGCAUCCGCUGCAGCAAGCAUCUGGCGGCACAUGAGCGUAGCUCAAUUGGCCAAGACCCUCGGGAGACCCAUUGACGAUGUGCAAGAGGCAAUGUUGUAUGUAAAGGGAGCGGACAAUAUUGAGGCCACGGCCAAGCUGCAAGAUUUGAAGAUCAUUCAGGAAAUCGCUAAAAAACUGGGCACAAAAACGCGGAUUGUGGCCACACCCGAAACUGCUGUCGAGGAUGAGCAAAAGGAUCGCGAUGUGGCACCCAGGCCACCAGCAUCUGCGGAACUGCUGAAGGCACGUCCUCCCGUGGUCACGGUAAUGGGUCAUGUGGAUCACGGCAAGACAACUCUGCUAGACUCGCUCCGUGGCGCCGAUGUGGCCGCUGGUGAGGCUGGUGGCAUCACCCAACACAUUGGGGCCUUCACUGUGACCUUGGAAAAUGGCGAGCGGGUCACAUUUCUGGACACACCCGGUCAUGCCGCAUUCAGUGCCAUGCGGGCACGUGGCGCUGUGGCCACAGAUAUCAUUGUUCUGGUCGUGGCUGCCGAGGAUGGGGUAAUGGCUCAAACCCGUGAGGUUAUCCAACUGGCCAAGGAAGUGGAAGUGCCCAUUAUUGUGGCUCUCAACAAGAUUGACAAACCCGAGGCGAAUAUUGAGAAAAGUAAACAACAAUUGGCCCAAAUGGGUCUCACGCUGGAGGAGCAUGGCGGCGAUGUGCAAGUCAUACCAAUCUCGGCGCUUAAGGGCACUAAUCUGCAGCUCUUGGCUGAAGCUGUUAGCACGCAGGCCACAUUGAUGGGCCUGAAAGCAGAUCCCACUGGUCUAGUCGAAGGCAUUGUGGUGGAAUCAAAGACAGAUCCACGUCGAGGAAAACUAUCCACUGCCAUUGUUUCCAGAGGCACUCUCAGAAAGGGUUCAGUUCUUCUCAGUGGUCUUGCCCAUGCCAAAGUCAGGGGUCUCUUUGAUCACAAUGGUCAACCGCUGACAGAGGCGCCGCCUGGAACACCAGUGGAGAUUCUUGGCUGGCGUGAGCUUCCCCUGGCCGGAGAACUCAUCUUGGAGGUGGAAACUGAGAAAAAAGCCCAUGCCGUCUUAAAAUAUCGUGAGCAUGAGGCUCAACGGGAAAAGAUCGAGUCCAGCGGCGAUGAGAUUCGCAAAAAGGAGGAGGAACAUCAGGCCAAGUAUCGAGCAGAACGAGAGGCACGUCGUUUGGCUGGACGGUUUCGUACGAGAGGUGGUCAACGGGUCAAGCAGAUGGACAUAAAUGAUGGCAUACCCAGGGUCAGUGUGAUAGUCAAGGGCGAUGUCCAUGGAUCGGUGGAGGCCAUUUUGGAUGUGCUCGAGACCUACAACAGCAACGAACGCUGUCGCCUCGAUAUUGUCCAUUACGGGGUCGGCAACGUCUCCGAGGGUGAUCUGGAAUUGGCCAAGGCAUUCGAUGCCAUCAUUUAUGCCUUUGCCGUGGAAACACCACAAGCCAAAGCAGCGGGAGAUGUGAAAAUACGUAGCUACAAUGUGAUCUAUCGGCUGAUUGAUGACCUCAAAGAGCAACUGAGCAGCAAGUUGCCACCUGUCGAGGUGGAGGAACAACUGGGCGAGGCCAAUGUACUGCAGAGUUUCAUCAUCAACGAGGGACGCAAAGAGGUGCCGGUGGCCGGAUGUCGCUGUACCAAGGGCGUUCUUAAAAAAUCACACAAGUUCCGCUUGCUACGCGAUGGAGAAGUGAUCUAUGACGGCCAUUUGGAGUCUAUGCGUCAUCUAAAGAACGAAGUGGACUCUAUCAAAAAGGAUGUAGAGUGUGGUCUACGCUUCAAAGAUACAAAAAUUCUGGCUCAAGCUGGUGAUAUACUUCAAUGCUAUGCCACACAAAUGGAAAGUCAGCAAACAGAUUGGGAUCCAGGUUUCUAAUAAAUGCACCACUGUUCCUACAAAGCCAUCGACGGCGUUGUUAUCGUUAUCCAUUACUACACAAAUUGAAUGAAUUAUAUUAUAUAUAUA